UUCUCUAUAUUACUAUGACAACGCGUCCGACGAAUAUUUGAUUGAUCAAUACGUCAAUUUAAUUUUGUAGUGUAGUAUCAAGAGUCAAGACUAGUAUUUGUUUUGUAUAGUAAUAAAUUUACCCCAAAAUAAUUGUACAUAAUGGCUGGGAAAAUGGGACGUUAUGACGACGAUGAAGAUGAUGUUCUUGCGCCGAAGGAGCCGCAGGUCACAUCCCAUGAUCCUAAAGAACGGAAGGCUGGGAGGGCCUUGCGUAUCAAACGGAGGCAAGAAGCUCUUAAAAGAGCUGAACAACCUACAGAAGAGAUAUUUAAAGAGGAAGAGCCAGGUCCGAUAGAACAAGCGACAACAGCCGCCGCCGAAGAGCUUCAGCGCUUAGCUUUAGAUGGGGCGGCCAAAGUUACCAAUGUUAAAGUCACGACCGACGAACGAGAGGUCAUACGGCGGGCGCUAUUCUCUGAUAAAAUGCAAGAUUCGCUACAAAAGCUAGAAAUAGAAGCGGCUGACGCACAAACGCAAUACGAUGCCAUAUCUGCCAACUGGGACGCCAUGUUCGAGAUAAAAGACCCGCUGGACAUCGACGCGGCUAUCAAGGAACAAAAACGAAAAUGCGACGAUCUCUUAGCCCAAAAGGACCAGUUGAUAGAUAACUUGAAGAGCGAUCUUAAGAAAAUGGAUUUGGCUUAUUAUGAAGAUUUGGAUAAGCAGGACAAGGAUAUAAAAGAGCUAUCAGACAGAAUCGAGAAGCAAAUCACGAUAAUGCAGAGGGCUUACGAGAAGCAACUGUUCCUGAUAGAGCAAGCGAUAACUAUUGAGCGCGAAGUGUUGGUGGAUCAUAACAACAAACGAUGGGAGGCAUUAUACAAGCAACGCGAUAAAGAAGAAGUGGCUCAUUUGGAAUAUAAAUUCGAACAGUUGGAGGAACAUAAAUUAGAAGUUGAAGCCAUAAUGUGGGAUCAUCACGCUAAGUACCGGGAAGCGAAAAUAGAGUUGGAAACAUUGAUACAGGAACUUCAAAAAGAGUUGGAAAAACUUAAGGCAACGUGCGUAAUUAAUACUGAAAAGAUUGGAUACACAUAUCAAGUUCUGAAAAAGAGGGAAGAGGAAAACGUUUUCGUAAGGUCGCAGCAAAAGAGGAAACUGAACAAAAUGUCCGAUAUAGCCAACUCCCUUCGCUCGAAGAUCCGCAAAGCUGCUGAAGAUGGCGCGCUGGAGGAGCUCCGCGCGGACGCCGAGAUCGGCAAGCUGAUGCAGGCCAUGGACGAGUUGGAGAAGAAGGGCCGACACUUCUCGCACGUCAACAACUACAAGUUUAGUCAGGUGUGGCGCAUGUCGGCGGCGCGCUGUGGCGAGCUAGUGAGGAGCGUGCGCGCGGCAGAGGUGGCGCUGCACGCGCACGUGCUCGCCGAGCCGCCGCCGCUCGCGCCUCCACCGCCGCCCAAGAGCCCCCUCGCUAAGUAUGAGGCAGAAAUUCCAGAUCCCAAUUCGCCUCAAGUUAAUAAUGUUCUCACCCCAGCUAAUAAGGUUGCAGAAGAGGCCAAAGAGAAUUUGGUGCGUCAUAUUCUUCAACUGGUAGCGGAUAAUACUGGGUUCUUGGUGGAAGACCGCCUGUUGAAGCUGAUUGAGAAAUAUCCUUUGACGUCGCGUAAUCUCUGCACGCUGGAUUCAAUUUUUAUGGCUUUAGAAAUUCAAGCUGAAGAAGACAUAGAACUACUGUGUGAAAUAUUUCUGAAUUACGCGUUUUGUCCAAUAUGCGUUGGUUUGGAAGUCGCUUCGGAUGUUGACGGCUCUGCAUUAGCGGUAAGAGAGAUGGGUCAUUCAGUCCAGGACGAUGGUCAUCACGUCAGCAUUAGUGUCAAGGCAUUGCGAGGGGAAAGGUCUUCGACGACGCGACCCCAUUCCAGUGUCCACAGGAGCAUUUCAGCGAGUACCACAAGAUCCGGUCAUGUUGCUUUUAAGGGUGGACACGAAUUAUCUCCUGAAGAUCAACUUCUGAUGGCGGAAGCAGAUGAAAUUAUACAGAAAUGCGGCGAUCCAAAAGUAAGUUUGGCCACUGCGGACUCGACUUCGGAAGCCGCUUCGUUAGCGGGGCGGCGCGGCCGCGGCGUCACCGUCUCCGCACAGCCAACCCUUGUGUCUACCAAGAAGUCUAAUCCAUUUCUUUGUCCAUUGGGACAUGAACUAGAAAUAGAAUCAAUGCAAGUUUUGACGGCCCUCAAUGAGUUUAUGGCUGUAUUUGUGCCACCUGAGAAGCAGAAGCUGUGUGACAUAUUGGACAGAUUAAAACCUCCAGACUUUACCACUCCAUCCAGAAAAUUGACAACCCAGGAAAUUGAGCAAUAUUGGUCCCAAUGGAAGAAUUUGUUCCCGCCAGAAAAGGACCGCUUCUGGAAUGGCUUGCUCACUGGACUUAACAGCUAUCUCACUAUAUUACAAGAACGUGAACGUAUCCAUUCGGAAGUGGUACAGCUGCGGCAUAGGAAUGCAGCGCUGCGCCGCCUGGUCCGCGGCGCGCUGCCCGAACUGCGCGCUGCAGCCGCUGCGCCCCGCGCCGCACGCGCGCCUCCCGCCGCCUUCACUGCGUCCGCGCCCGACAACGCGCCGCUGCCCUUGACUAAACUACCACCCAUAUAA